AUGCCCACACCAACGAACCUUCCGUCGACAGUAUCCAAGUCUCUGAAGGCCGACAUGAAGCAGCUGACCAGUUCUGUGCUGCCUGGACUUGAGAGCCUUUUCGCCGAGUCAACGCGUUGUGUGGAGCAGAGGGUUGCGCGGACUGUUUACCCGGCGUUCAUCAAGCACCAGCUUGCGAUUUCUACAUCAGAAUUCUUGAACGGCGCUCGCGAUGGCUUCACCUAUCCUGGUCUCGCCGAAUCGUUCUGCCUUGCAGAUGUCCUCACUCCUGAUUUUCCGGUUGUUGCAGCUUCGGACGCUUUUGGCUCAGUUACGGGGUAUUCGAAGACCGAAGCUCUGUCAAAGAACUGCAGGUUCUUGCAAGGAUCGCUCUCGGACCAGAACGCCAUCAAACGCAUUCGGGAUACCAUCGCGCGGGAAGAGGAAUCGUUGGAACUUGUCCUCAAUUACCACCGAGACGGCACCCCAUACUGGAGUUUGCUGUUCAUUUGCCCGUUGAUGGAUAUCUCUGGCAAGCUCCGGUACUACCUCGGAGGGCAGAUCAACGUUUCAGCAAGCGUUGGUGACUGCAAAGACCUUCUCCGGAUUCUGACGUCUGGGCCGGCCCUCGGCGAGACGAGGGAAGAAACCUCUGGUCGGGAGUCCCGAGCCAGUCGCCGAAUGAGCCGCGCCGGCAGCCAUGAAAGGAAGCACGAGCGGCGGGCGAGUCUACGCAACCGGGAUAGUCUGCACAACAAAGGCCCAAAGAAAAGUCUUUUCCAACCAUUCCGGAAACACGCGAUGCAAAACACCGACAACCAAGAAAACACGUCGCCCUCGCAAGGUGUCGGUCUUGGCCUCGAGCAACUGCUAACGGUUUCGAGCUCCGAAGAGCAGCUGUCCGUCUCGACCCGGAUGGAUCCUGUUUACUCCGCCUACAGCCGUCUGAUCAUCCUGCAAAACACCGAUGGCCCCUCCGGAUUCCCGCCGAGAUCUUCAUCUCUACCUGCUGAUCCGACUAAGAGGAAGGCUGCACAGUUGAGCGUUGCGUACUGCUCAAACGCGGCGCUUGAGGCUCUUGGUCUCAGUCAUUUUGCCGACAACAUCACGCACCGCGACAUCUUUACGGUUUUGUCCGAGCUAGCGGAUUCACCUUCGAUCACAAAGAGCUUCAAGAACACUGUCCGUGAGCGGAUCCUCCGGGAUGGGAAGUCGGCGACGCUGGAUAUCAUGCUCGGUGGCGGGUACCUCGCACGCAAGGGUAGUCUUAUGGGUUUUGGCGGAGGGCGAGCAUCAAAAGACGAUUCCGAAGGCUUCACAAAGAAACACAACAGACCAGCUAGUCGAUCAGGAUUCGCGAGCCUUGUCGGCGAAGCAGGCAAGAUGGAGAAGUUUAUCAGCCACUGGACGCCGUUGAAGGGCGCUGAGGAGAAGGUCGAGUGGAUUGUGGUUAUUAUCACGCCGGUGAAAUGA